AUGGCACCAGUCACGAUAAAUAUGGUGAAAAGCGAAGAAUCUUUCAUCGAUGAGCCUUUUCAUCCUGAGGGAGUAAAGAUAAUCGUACAUUAUGGUAACCUUAUUGAUACUCCAGAAUUAGGUCAACUAAGGAUCCGUUUGAAGUGCGCGGUUGGUAUUUGUAGCACCUCUGGCGUAAUACUUUUUAUUGAAGAAGGUUGUGAUGACCCAGUAAUAGCUGCGUUGAAUUAUGAUCGUUACUUGAAAGACAUCGACAUUCAUGUGAUUUUUAAUAGUGUGUCUGACCCCGCCGGAAAGGACUCAUUUUAUUUUCCUGGGUUUGUAGAUACUCAUAUCCAUGCCUCACAGUAUCCUAACUGCGGUAUCUUUGGUAAUUCAACUUUGCUCGAUUGGCUAGAUACAUAUACUUUCCCACUCGAAUCAUCUUUGAAUGAUGAAAAUAUCGCCGCUUUGACCUAUGAUGCUGUUAUAUCUCAAACUUUGAAACAUGGUACCACUUGCGCGUCAUACUUUACCACAAUCGACUCAAACUCUUCUAAAAUAAUGGCGGAUCUAUGCAAAAGUAAAGGCCAACGUGCUUUUAUUGGUAAAGUUUGCAUGAAUCAACAUUCGCCAAGCUACUACCAAGAGACUAUUGAGGAGUGCAAAGAUGCUUCAUUAGAUCUCAUUGAAUACAUACUCAAGGACUUAAACUCACCAUUGAUAAAACCAAUUAUUACUCCAAGAUUUGCGAUAACGUGUUCAUCUGCACUGAUGGACUCUCUUUCUGAGGUAGCAGAAGAAUUUGAUUUACCAAUACAAACGCACCUGAAUGAAAAUGACAGCGAGAUUGCCUUUGUUAAAGAACUUUUCAAGGAUUGUCAUUCAUAUACCGACGUGUAUCAUAAACAUGGGUUAUUAAAUGGGAAAACUGUUUUAGCUCAUUGCAUUCAUUUGGAAGAUUCUGAAAUCGAAUUAUUAAAGAAAUCCUCAGCAGGAAUAUCACAUUGCCCAAUUUCCAAUUCUUCUCUAACUUCAGGCGAAUGUAGAGUUAAAGAACUUUUAAACUAUGGGUUGAAGGUGAGUUUAGGGUCUGAUGUUUCCGGUGGUUUUACAGUCAGUAUUUUGGAAAAUGCUAGGCAAGCUUUACUAGUUUCCAGACAUCGAGCAAUGUCAGUAGAAGAUCCUGAAAGAAAAGAGGAAUGCAAACUAUCUGUCGCCGAAGUAUUGUAUCUAGCUACCAUGGGUGGUGCUAAAGUUUUAAAUCUGUCUGAUAAAAUUGGUAGUUUCGACGUAGGGAAAGAGUUUGACGCACAAUUGAUAGAUUUAUCCACCAAAGGAAGCAACGUAUCCAUUUUUCCAUGGCAAAAAGUUACCAACGACAAAAUUCAACCGAACGGGAAGGAUAGAAUCAAACUGGAGAAUAUUGUGGCAAAAUGGUUAUUUAAUGGUGAUGAUAGGAAUGUUAAAAGUGUUUGGGUCCGUGGAAAAUUGUGCCAUCAAAAUCUUUAA